ACUCUUAAUUACUUUACAGGUUAGACUUAACAUUUCUUCUAUCAGCGUGGAACCAUGGCCGUAACUCUGACACAGCUCCCACCUUGUUUAUACCACAAGAGAGCUUAUGACGAGGUACCCCAGCAUCCACUGGAAAGACUUCAUCAACUACGUAUAAACACAGAGCUACGACGACGCACGUUUGUAACCUGGCCUAAAUCAUCGCCCAUUUGUCCGACUGAAUUAUGCGACAAUGGUUUCUACUAUAUGGGAUCAAAGGACAAGGUACAAUGCGCUUUCUGUGGAGGAGUAUUGAGUGGGUGGUUAGAAAAUGACAAUGUCGCUAGUGAACACGCCAAACAUUUCAGGUAUUGUGAAAAAGUUUCAACCAAAUCGAAAACCUGUGCGGAAAGUUUACCUGAACAUUCUGUUUCAAAUUAUGCCGGACAACACUCACAGAAUGCAAACCUUCAACCGCAUAAUAAACAAUUCUUAAUGCUAAAUACACGGAUUUCUACGUUCCAGUCCUGGCCAAAGAACUUAAAGCAGUCACCAGAAGAUUUAGCAUCUACAGGCCUAUACUACAAAGGAACUGGAGAUUCAUGUCAAUGUUAUAUGUGUGGUGGUAUAUUAUCAGGCUGGGAGGAUGAAGACAUUCCAGAGGAUGAACACAAAAAAUGGUUUCCUAAAUGUCCACUUGUCAACAAAGAAUUGUAAUUGAAAAAAAAUAAAUCAGCAGAUCAAAAAUGGGUCUAUGCUGUGUACAAUUAA